CCUCCUCCUAUUUACACCAACGUCACUUCAAGUCCCUCCCUGUUUGAAUCUCAUUAGUUUCUUGUGUGUUUCUCCCUGUCAAUAAUCCCGAAUCCAGACUCUCUCUAUUUCCAUCCCUCUCUAUCUGUCAAUCAGCGCCGCCUUUGAACUGAAAACCACUCCGACCAACUUCAACUCUCUCAAUCCGAGCGCCGCGGCUCCUUCUCCGGCUUCCCCUUUUCCGAGAGUCCCCCUUCUUUUUUGGAGUUUUCUUUUUUUUUCCAAAAGGGGACAGAACGUAACAAAGUCCUUUUCCAAGGGGGGGGAAGCGGUCAACACGACACCCCGAAACUUUUUUGACGGUGAGGGUUUUUUUUUUUAAGUUUCUUUUUUUUCAGCCCCCCCACCAACCGAGAGGAGCAGCCGCCUUCACUAACGCCGAAAGUGGGGAACGAAAAUGCCGCAACUUAACGGCGGUGGAGGGGACGACCUGGGCGCUAACGAUGAGAUGAUCUCCUUUAAAGACGAAGGGGAACAAGAGGAGAAAAUCUCAGAGAACUCUUCGGCGGAAAGGGAUUUAGCGGACGUCAAGUCUUCGCUCGUCAAUGAGUCGGAAACGAAUCAGAACAGCUCGUCCGACUCGGAGGCGGAGAGACGGCCUCCGCCUCGGUCUGAAACUUUCCGAGACAAAACGCGAGAAAGUUUAGAGGAGGCUGCGAAAAGGCAAGAUGGAGGGCUGUUCAAGAGCCCACCGUACCCGGGCUACCCGUUUCUUAUGAUCUCUCCGGAUCUCGCCAGCCCCUAUCUUCCCAAUGGAUCACUUUCCCCGACAGCACGCACAUACCUACAGAUGAAAUGGCCCCUGCUAGAUGUUCAACCAGGAGGUCUUCAGAGUAGACAAGCACUUAAAGAUGCCAGGUCCCCAUCACCGGCACACAUCGUUGGGCCCUUCUGCUGGGAAUUCCCUGGACAGUCAGAUCUGAGCCUUCACCAAUUUCAUUUGUCUAAUAAGGUUCCAGUAGUCCAGCACCCUCACCACGUGCACCCUCUUACACCUCUGAUCACUUACAGCAAUGAGCACUUCACACCGGGGAACCCGCCUCCACACCUACAGACAGACGUGGACCCCAAAACAGGAAUUCCAAGGCCUCCACAUCCUCCAGAUAUAUCUCCUUAUUACCCGCUGUCACCUGGCACCGUAGGCCAGAUCCCCCAUCCGCUGGGAUGGUUAGUACCACAGCAAGGUCAACCUGUUUAUCCAAUCACAACAGGGGGUUUUAGACACCCGUACCCAACUGCGCUCACUGUCAACGCAUCCAUGUCAAGUCUUCUGUCCUCUAGGUUCCCCCCACACAUGGUGCCCCCACACCACAGUUUGCACACCACGGGCAUCCCACACCCGGCCAUCGUCACGCCCAACGUCAAGCAGGAAUCCUCCCACAGCGACAUCAGCUCCCUCAACAGCUCGAAACAGUCAGACGCUAAAAAGGAAGAGGAGAAGAAGAAGCAGGUUCACAUAAAGAAGCCCCUGAACGCCUUCAUGCUGUACAUGAAGGAGAUGCGAGCCAAGGUGGUGGCCGAGUGUACGCUGAAGGAGAGCGCCGCCAUCAACCAGAUCCUGGGUCGAAGGUGGCACGCGCUAUCGAGGGAGGAGCAGGCCAAGUACUACGAGCUGGCCAGGAAAGAACGACAGCUCCACAUGCAGCUCUACCCCGGAUGGUCAGCCCGGGACAACUAUGCGGCUAACCAACAGGGGAAAAGGAAGAAGAGAAAAAGGGAAAAGCAGCAAGCGGAGAGCAACGAACACAGAGAAUAUUUUCCAAACCCUUGCCUUUCACUCCCUCCGAUUACAGAUGCAAAUACCCCAAAGAAGUGUCGUGCCUUGUUCGGGCUUGACCAGCUGAGUUUAUGGUGCAAACCGUGCAGGAGGAAAAAAAAGUGCAUUCGCUACAUCCAAGGUGAAGGCAGCUGUGCCAGUCCUCCCUCAUCGGACGGAAGCUUCCCAGACUCCCCCCCCUCGUCCCCCUCCUCCUCCGUGGCCCCGUCCCCCUCGCCAAAAGAGUCCAAACCACAGACUGAACAAACGCAGCCUCUCUCACUGACUAUGAAAGCCGCCCACCAGCCACUCCAUCACUCCCAGCACCUCCUCGCCGGGGCGCCCGACAACACGAGCAAAGCGCCCUCCGCCGCCUCCUCGUCCGCAUCCACCCACAACGGCGCCCGGGAACACGGCGACGUACCACCCUCCUCGCGGCAUCCGGUGGUUUCUCCCAUGAUCCGACCUUCGCCGCUGCUGUGUCAUUCCCACUCGCUCCUCCAGCCUCUGUCGCUAGUGACCAAGUCCAUAGAGUAGUCGGAAUUUCCUCUUCCUUAUUUCCUCGCUAGCCGUCGUUUUUUUUUUUUUUUGUUUGUUUCUGAAUUUUUUUUUUUUUUUUUGUAAAGUUCAUUGGUCAAUAUUUGACCCAGCAUGAAAAAAAAAAAAAAAAACAUCCGACAAAUUAGCUCUUUAACCUCGUGAAUCUGCCAAAAAAAACGUUUUCACCAUUCAAGCGUUGGUUCUCCAUCUUUAUUUGUAUUAAAUACGAGCUCGCGAACCAAUCAGAUCAUCCACAGAAGGGAGUAAGGGGGGGGGUGGAUAAUUGGGAUAUGGGGGGGGUGGGAUACCGAGGAUCAACUUUUAAUCGUGAUGUUAUUUGUUCUUGUUUAAAUGUACAAUAAAAAAUGGGGGCUGGUCGGGUAUGGGAUGGGUAGGGUAGGGUUAGGAUUGGAGGUAUUGGGGGGGGAGUACUGUUGAAUUAUGCAUUCUUCCACUGCUUUUGUCUUUUUUUUUUUUUUCUUUGUUGUUUACCUUUUCGGGAGGCGGGUGGGCUCCGGAGGGGGGGUCGGGUGGGAGGGGUUGUUUAAAAAAAAAAAAAAAAAAAAAAAAACAUGCUAGGACCAGUAGUAUUUAUUGCUUUAGAGAUUGCUCGUCGUAUCUUGUACGUGUCUCGUUUUUUCUUUUUCUUAAAAUGUUGUACAAAUAUUUUUUUUCUUAAGGUUAAGCAACUUAUAUAAUAUACGGAUGAUCCAUUUUUACAAGGAGGUUUUCGAUAUAUUUUUUUCCCCCUGUUUUUUUUUUUCAUUUUGCCCCGCCCCUCCCCCAACCAACUCUAUGUACUGUGUAAUUCUCAUCCACCCAACAUAUGCACAUCUCGACGAGAAGCCAUUUUAUUACGAAAAAGCGGGACAUCUUCCUUUUUCUUCAUCUCUCCCGACUGUUUUGAUUGGUGUACAGAUUUUUUCCCCGUUGCCAAAUUUUUGUGAUAACCUCAUUUCUCCGUUUCAUUUGGACGCCAUCUUUUUUGCUGUGACGUUACAUAGAUUGCUAUGUAUGUAGUAUAAAUGUUGCUAUAACAAAAAAAAAAAUGUGUUUGGUAGCAAAUUGUCAAAUAUUAAAAAAAUUUAAACCUAAUAAAAAAAAUAAUAAAAAAAAACAGGAAGGACAUCAUACUGUAUAAAAACCCCACCAAGGGCCAAAUUAUGUAUAUUAGGAGGUUCAUAAAAAAACAUAUUAAAUACAAAAAAAUACACAAACUGCCAUUUUUAAGUACAUGACUACAUAUAGGUAGCUAGAAAAAAAAUAGGCAUGUUGAUGUUGCAAGAGGCUGUAAAAUAACAAGAAAAAAAAAAAGCUACAAGAGAAUCAUCCACUCAUUGUAGUUGACAUGACGCGACUGUAAUCUGUCUAUUUCUUCUCUGGUUUAUUAAGAUGCUAAUGAUAAAUAGUUUGAAUGUUUCCUUAACGGCUGUGAUGUUCCUGUUCUCUUUUAUGCUCUUAUCUUUUUUUUUCCUUUCCUUUCUUUCUUUGCUUUUUUUUUUUUUUUUUUCCCCUGUUAUUUUUCAAUGGCUCCCGAAAAAAGCCAUUGUUUUUUUGUAAUGAAUAAAUGUUAAUGCUGUACAGUCUCUGUAGCAUGCAGUUCUGUAUUAAUAAAAGCAACUUAGUAUGUGCA